AUGUCGACGCCUACCACGGCCACGGCCACGCUCCCUCACUACCACCACCCACGGUACAACCCGCCAAACUACGCCCUCCACCAUCAGGGCCACUCGUCUGCUACAACCACAGCCUCAAACUACCGCACGUCGUUGCUGCCCGCAACCCAGGCCGCCAACUCACCCCCUCACCACGCCCACGCCCACGCCGCAGACCCGUCGCAGGCGCCGCGAUACGACGAGCCCUACACGCCCGCCAUGGCCAACAACUCGUCCUCGGGCGUCGUGCCCGCCGCCGGCCGCCCUGCCGCCGAGGACCAGCCGUCGAGAAAGCGUCGGCGCUCUCGGGAGCCCGACUGGAACAACUUCUACCGCAACGGCCUCCCCAAGGAAAUCAUCGUCAUUGACGACACGCCAGAGCCCGAGGCCAACACCGGCCGCAAAAUCACAAAUGGCAAUAGCAACAGCAACGCCAGCGGCGCCGUCGUCGACUCGGCGUCCGCCAAGAAGAGACGACACAACGAGCAGCCUGGCUACCACGUCCAGUAUCUCGCCGGCUCGCACACAAACACGCCUCUGCCGAACCACACGCCUAUUGGCUCGACCCUCUCCAGCGACCGCACAAACUCGGCACUGCACACAACGGCGCCCACGUCUCUAUCUGCAAAUGGCCAGUACGAUGAACUGGUCACGCCGUUGAAGCGAAAGCGCACCACCCGGCAGCAGGCUGCCAAUGAGGCCAAGCGAAGGGACGUGGAUGGCCUAGGAGGCGCCUUUAUGGCCUACAAGCCUCCACCUUUCCCGCCCAAGAAGUCUGCAGAGGUUCCCGUCAAGGUGAUUCACGAUCGCCACUUUGGCAAAAACGCCAAAGUUGAUGAUGAUGACGGCCAUUAUAUCGUGGUCCCAGACGCUGAAUUGACUGAUAAGUAUCAAAUUGUUCGUCUUCUUGGACAGGGCACUUUUGGCAAAGUAGUAGAGGCCCGUGAUCUGAAGAGGAACAAGCCUGUGGCUGUCAAGAUCAUUCGAUCCGUCCAAAAAUACCGCGAUGCUUCGAGGAUCGAGCUUCGCGUUUUGGCCACGCUCAAGGCCAACGACGAGGAAAACAGGAAUCGUUGCAUCCACCUGCGAGACUGCUUCGAUUACCGAGGCCACAUCUGCAUCGUCAUGGAUCUCCUGGGCCAGAGCGUUUUUGACUUUCUCAAGGGCAACGGCUUUGUCCCCUUUCCCAACAGCCAGAUUCAGAACUUUGCCCGACAAUUAUUCACCAGCGUAGCUUUCCUCCACGACCUGAACCUAAUCCAUACCGACCUUAAACCGGAAAACAUUCUGCUGUGUGAUAAUUCUUAUCAGACAUUUACAUAUAACAGAAAGAUUCCUUCAUCAUCUACCACGAUCAAUCGGCAGGCGUCUCAGCGCAGAGUGCUGCUUGAUACUGAGAUUCGUUUGAUCGAUUUUGGGUCGGCCACCUUCCAAGACGAAUAUCAUUCAUCCGUGGUGAGCACCCGGCACUAUCGUGCGCCGGAAAUCAUCCUUGGUCUAGGCUGGUCUUUCCCUUGCGAUAUCUGGAGCAUAGGAUGCAUCUUGGUCGAGUUCUUUACCGGCGAUGCCUUGUUCCAGACUCACGAUAACCUUGAGCAUCUUGCCAUGAUGGAAGCUGUUGUGGGCUCUCGGAUAGACUCCCAUCUCGUUCAAGCAGUGAACAAGAUGUCUACCAGAAGUGGAGGAAAUCCUGCUUCCAAAUACUUUAAGCGCCUUAAGCUCGACUACCCAACACCAGAGACGACCAGGGGUUCUCGACGGUUUGUGAAAGCGAUGAAGCAUCUGAGCGACAUCAUUCCUUCUAAUUCAACAUUUUUCAAGAACUUCCUUGAUCUGCUGAGAAAAAUAUUUGUUUACGACCCUGCCAAGCGAAUUACCGCCAAGCAGGCUCUCAACCACCCGUGGUUCAAAGAAAUGGCACAGCCCGACGAUGGAACCGAGGCGGCCAAGAUUCGAUUCGAAAGGAGACGACAUGGAAUAGAGGUGGACAAGAAUGGGCGGUCUCACUACGUUGGAUGAACCACGCCCCCGGAUAUUCCCUUUCAACAACAGCAACAACACAUUUUCGUCUUAUAAUGACUACAUAAGC